AUUUAGAAUAUUGGGGCAUAAAUGAGGAUUUGCUUGAAACCUGCUGUAAAAACAAGUUUGACAGAAAACUAGAAUUUGUUUUGGAGAGUAUGGAGAGCGAAUGUGUCAAAAUGCAAAAAGAAGCAGAGGAAGAAUUUGGGAACCACUGUAUGUCAAGAUACCAGAAAUGUUUGUGGGAUCUGAUUGAGCACCCUGACACGUCUAGCGCAGCUCAGUUCGUCUCCUAUAUCUCAAUGAUAUUUGUGGUUGUUUCAACUAUUGGGAUGUCCCUCAAUACUAUGCCUGGGAUGCGAAUCAUAGACGCGAAUGAGAACUCGGUGGAGCACCCAAUGCUCGCUCUUAAUGAAGCUGUAUGCAUUGCUUGGUUCACUCUUGAGUAUUUUCUUAGAUUGAUUGGAUCCCCCAAGAAGCUGGAUUUUCUCAAGAACGGGUUAAACGCAGUGGACGUGCUGGCGAUUAUCCCGUACUACGUGGAGCUAGGUAUGUCGGAGGAGAACGAAGAGGAGGAGGAUUCCGGGUUCAAGGGGAUCCUCCAGGUGUUCAGGGUGUUCAAGCUUGCCAGAAUAUUUAAACUUGCCAGACAUUCUUCUGGUUUACAGUCUAUUGUGUUUACCCUGAGACAGAGCUCUAGAGAACUAGGAUUACUCAUUCUAUUCAUAGGUAUGGCAGGUUUAGUGUUCUCCAGUCUCUGCUUCUACAUUGAGCAGGAUGCAGAUUCCGGGUAUACAAGUAUACCAACAUCCUUCUACUGGGUGGUUAUUACGAUGACAACAGUCGGAUAUGGAGAUAUAUUCCCUGUAACAGGAUUAGGAAAACUUGUUGGUACAUUCUGUGCGAUCAGUGGAGCCCUCGUUAUGUCCCUACCUAUACCCAUCAUUGUCAGCAAUUUUGAGAGGUAUUAUUGUGAGCAGAAUCACAACAACAGCUUGAAGGCCCGGCGCGCUAGGAUAGCUGCUGCGCGUAAAGAAGAAGAGAAUGCGAGAUUCUCAGACUGGGGGAUACAAUCAGUUCCAACCUCUCCAGUACAACAUCACAAAGAAGAGAACCUUGUAGAUAUGCUGAGGAAGGAAAGAGGAGCAGCUUUAUUCAAAUCUCCGUCCUCUGUUCUCCAGCUCCCCUUCCCAUCCUCUCCUUCUCCAUCCUCUACUCGAAUAAAGAACCUUGAAGCUCUUUGAUUCUGACAAUCUAAAGCUUGAAUUUAGUUUUUGGUCUAAAAUAAAUGUUUAAUAUUUAAA